AUGUUUCGCACGCCAGUAUUGAGGGCCCUGGAGAAAGGACCGACCUAUAUCGAUACGAAUGUGUAUAGGGCGAAGCGACUUUGGCCGCCGGAUUUCGAGAAGCUCUCUACUAAGCAUCAAUUCCGUUUGGAACGACGAUAUCGACGAAGGAGCAAGCUGAAGUGGGCCAGGCCAAAGUGGACAAAGGCUGUGAAGAUUGCACAAUUAGGCAGCAUAGUUUUUGUUACCGUCUACGGUGUAUUAUUCGCCGACUGGAAGCAAGAAAAUGAACCAUUUCAAGGGCUGCGAAACAAAUUCCGCGAAUUGACGGGCUCAAUAUGGACGACGAAGCCGGAAAGAGGGCAGCGACGAGAAGGAGCAGAGGGGGCUGGUUCUAAACCAAAUGUACAAUAG